UGAAAAUGGCGGCGAGUCAGGGAGCUGUGGGACCUGGUGUGGCUCUCCAGAGCCAGCAUUAUCCCAACGUCGCGCACUGGAACCCGGGCGUGAUGCAGCAGCAGCACCCGCUACACACCGCCCGCAGUCUGGAACGCGCUCUGGAAGAUGCCGUCUGCUCCGGGAUGCUCAACAUCAGCGGAAGAAAACUGCGCGACUACCCGGGGCUCAACUACGAUCUGACCGAUACUACACAAGCAGACUUCUCGAAAAACCAUUUUUGUGAAAUCCCUCCAGAAGUUUGUACGUUUGCGCCACUGGAGUCAUUAAACCUCUACCACAACUGCAUAAAGGUGGUUCCAGAGACCAUUAUCAACCUACAGAUGCUCACCUACCUGAACAUCAGUCGAAAUCAGCUGUCCGUUCUCCCCAAGUUUCUCUUCAAUCUUCCUCUGAAAGUACUGGUGGUCAGCAACAAUAAACUCCCGUCUAUUCCUGAAGAGAUCGGAAAGGCCAAAGACCUCAUGGAAUUGGACAUCAGCUGUAAUGAGAUCCAGGUGCUUCCUGCUCAAAUGGGGAAACUCCUCGCAUUACGAGAACUUAACAUACGAAGAAAUUGUCUACAAGUGUUACCAGAUGAGUUGUCCGAUCUGCCGUUGAUCAGGUUGGAUUUCUCCUGUAAUAAAAUCACUGAGAUUCCCAUAUCUUACCGCAAACUUAAGCAGUUACAGCACAUCAUUCUUGACAACAACCCCAUGCAGUCUCCUCCUGCCCAGGUCUGCCUAAAGGGAAAUAUCCACAUCUUUAAGUAUUUAAACCUGCAGGCAUGUCGCCUGGAUAAAAAACCAGACACACUUGACCUGCCUUCUCUGGGAAAACGCUGCUUGCCUCAGCAGCUGACAGACAGUAUGGAAGAUUUCUAUCCAAGUAAAAACCAUGGCCCUGACUCAGGUAUUGGCAGUGACAACGGUGACAAAAGACUGUCGACUAUAGAGCCAUCUGAUGAUGACACCAUGAGCCUCCAUUCUCAAGUGUCUGAGACCGCACGGGCUGACGCACACAUACUUCUCACAAAGCUGGACUCAAACAAAGAUCAGGACCCAUAUGACUUUAUUAACCCAAAUCCAGAUGAAGAGGGCACUCUGUCUGAGGGAGAUCUACAGCACAAUGCACCCUAUGUGUCAUGUAUAAAGGAGCUGGAGCGGGUUCUGAAAACACACCAAAGCAAAGACAAAGAGAACUGGAAAGAGGAGUCUGGUUCCAAGUCAUUUUCUUGA